CUCUCAGUCCUUGACGUCACAAGCGAUUCUGUCCGUCUCUAUUGGACCGUCCCCACAGGGAGCUUUGACUCUUUCCUGGUCCAGUACAAGGAUGCAGAUGGCCAACCCCAAGCGUUGCCUGUGGAGGGAUCCUCCCGUGAAGUGACUGUGAACAACCUGGCUCCUUCCCGCAGAUACAAGUUCAACCUCUAUGGAGUCUCCGGGCGCAAACGCUCCAGUCCCCUCUCCACAGAUGCCACUACAGCCAGCCUUACA